AUGCCCACCAAAGCACCAAAGCAACUCAAGCUUCUUGAUCCUUGCGAACCUGGACGCAGCUAUCGGUCCUUGCGCCUUCCCCACUACGGCCCAGGCAAUCGGCCACUCCGACAUAAUGCAUUUGUGGUGAAUGGUGGCACUAUUAGCUACCGCGAGAGGAUAAUAGACGAGGAGGCAUACAAUGCGGAUCAGGAGAUACGGAAAUCGUCUCUGUUUGUUGGUAACAAUCGACUUCGGAGGUGGCGAACAGCCCGCAAUGAGCUGUUCAAAUCUGCAUACUUCAAGCGGCCAGUGCCAGAGAGAGUUGGGGAUAUCCUCGAAGAAUUCGAAGUAACUGAAUUGGACAAGAAGCUGCUGGAAAUGCUUGAAAACGGCCGUCUAGAGGAGUUCCGCGACGCCUGGGAACGGCUCGACCGAUUCAACAAAUCCGAGCACUGGAUGAGACUCUCACUAUGGCUUCUGCAAAAUUCCCCAGACCUCUCUUUGAAGUUUCUUUACAUCACCUGCGAAGGCGAGCAUAGGCCGUUGCAAGUCAUGGUCAGUGAGUGCUUGCUUUUUGUGCGAAUGCACGGUUCAGACUUUCUUCAUUCCUGGAGGUAUGGUUCGAAGACCUUUGCCGACCUCGUGGCUGUUUGCUUGAACCCACACUAUUGGCCUAUCGUCCUUGCACCACAGAAAGGGAUUCGGUUCUUUAUCAUUGCGGCAGAUGAUGAACACGUCAUCCAAGCCUGGACGCUCGCACACGAACGACAAGUUCAUAUUUCCGCUGAAACAUACCUCGCUUGGGUAACUCGCUUCACGCAGAUGGGUAAAGUCGAUCUGGCCCUGGAGGCCUUAGAUCAUGUACGUCAAAUUGGACAGGUGGGCUUGGAGAUGACAUCCGAGGUAGUCAAACGCCAUGCCUGCGUGCUCCUGCUGCGCGACACGGUUGAAGAUGGCCCCUCAGGGCGGAAUUUCCACAUUCUACCCAAGCUCCUUGAGAUGGGCAUGCGUCCUGACGUAGACAUGAUGGAUCUGAUUCUGAGAAACUGUUACAAGACAGGAGAUGCAGAACUAGGCCGUGAUAUGUUGAGACAUAUGCAGAGUCAAGGCUAUCCGUUGACCUCAUACACCUAUACAACGCUACUGUCAGAUGCCACGCGUCGACUGGACCGAAGGGAGAUCAACCGGCUGAGGACUGAGAUCGACGCCGAAAGAGAGGACAUCCGGAACAACAGAUUCGUCAAGACUAAGUUGUUCCACGCGUAUUUCUGCCUCGAUGUGAAGGGAGGGGCGAGUCAGCGGAGUUUAGAAAUGGAUAACAAGCAGGUCUUCCGCCAUUUGUUGAACCUGUACAACUCGCUGUUCGACAUCACACCUUUAAAGCAGCUUGGGGUUGUUCCACAUUCAUACCAACUGGAUUCAGAUCAAGCAGGGAAAACCUCGCCGGACGCUAUCCCUCUUUACCUCAUGAUUGCCUCGUAUCUUCGAUGCAACAGGCACGCUUCGGUCACUGCGCGGGUCUACGACCGCUUUAUCGAGCGCUUGCAUGCAGAGGACCCAGUUUUUCUCCCGCUGGCUAGAACCGAUCAUACCUGGCACGAGUUUAUGUAUGCAUGGCGCAAUGAUGUUCGAGGACUGCGACCUUCAGUGCGUCUUGUCGAAACCAUGCAGCAAAUGAGCAACGAGGACACCGUCAGCCCGGAUAAGCCAUGGUUCCGGCCCAAGCCGACGGUUUACAUCUGGACCACCUUGGUACAUGCAUUCUUCUGGAACAAAGAACCGCGUGCGGCAGAGCAGGUGGUGGGAUUGAUGGAAAAGCUCAAAGUCCAGCAUAAUCCGGUGGUCUGGACCACCUUGAUCGAAGGGUACGCGCAGAACAAGGACAUCCUCAAGGUCGCCGAGACGAUCAGAGCGAUGGAAGAUGCUGGCCAUGAUAUGGACGCGUUCACCAUCAAGGCGCUCCGCCAUAUCCAGAAUCCAGAGCGACUCUGGCAAGCUGUGGAAGAACUAGAAAAACAGGCCGAUGAGGGUAUAAACAAGGCAGUAUCCGAAUCGGUCACCGCCAAAAUGCGCUUCGACGAUGCUGAGGAUGACGCCGAUUGGUUGCUCGACAAGGGCCUCCAACGCUUGAAGGCCAAAAGCCAAGCACGUGACAAGACACUCUCGUUUGUAGAUUAA